AAUGAAGACUCUUAUACUUAUAGUAUUAAUUUGCUAUAGUGGUUCUUAAAUGUUAAGAGGAUCAUCGAAGUCUUUAAUUGAAGAAGAACAAAGUAUUAAUGAAUGAUAUAUGACAGCAAUUGUUUAGAGUGAAUAAGAAGAUUAAAGUUUUUAUGUAGGGACAAAUGACAUAUCAGGAGAGACUUUAUAAGGUAAAGAGAAUGGAGAGAUAGAUGCUAGUUUAGCAGUAUUCAAAAGUGAUGAUAAUCCUAUGAUUUACAUUGAAGAGUCAGUAACAUCAAGUAGUAAUAUAUAACAAUAAAUGAAAAGAUUAAGCUGAAAAUUUAGAGUAAUAGGAAUCAUUGAAAAUUGAUAAGAUUGAUGAUGAGAUCUAGUAUAAUUUUACAAUAGAUAAUAAAGAGCACAAGAAUUACCUGAAGUAAAAAAUGAUUAAGCUAAUUUUGUGGAUAAAGCAAUAGUAAUGGACCCAGAAUCGGAUUAAUAAGAAUCAUAGAAUAAUUAAACUGAUGUUGUCUUGAAUAUAGCUUCUAAAACAGAGUCAUUAACUAGUUCAGAUGUAAAUAAAAAGCAUAUUUAUGUUUACAAUCGUAUUGUUAUUAAAAAUAAUAAAUUAUAGCUCUGGCAAAGAAACCUUUUGUUGGAAUUAAAUUUCCACCAAUGCCUGUGACAAAGGAUCAUAAUUAUUUAUCAAAUUCUGAAACGCUGACUAUAAAAUUACCUGCAUGGUCUGAAUAAAGUAAUCACAGAGUUGAGGAUGAUUUAGAGUUCUUCUAAUUUAUUAGACGUAUAAAGCCGUAAAUAUUGUAGCAUCUGAUGUGUCAGUAAAUGAAUAUUGAUCUAAUAUAAAUAUUUAAUAUAUUUUUUUAAAAUUGCUAAAAUCUCAAAAAUAUAUAAUAAUAAAUAAUGUAAUAAGAAGAGAAAAAGAAAGGAGAUAGUGGGAAAAUGGAAAUUAUAGUAAGAAUACAUUAAAUCUGUAGAAAAUUAUGAAUGGUUUCACUGAUAAGGAAUGGAAUCACUUAGAUAAAAUUGAGAGGAUUGAACUUACGCUUGAAGAUUUUGGGAGAAUGAAUGUUGUUUAAGUAUUCAAAAAUUUGAAAUCUUUGACUCUUAUAAAUGUAGGGAUUGCAGCAAUAGAAGUAUAUAUUAAUUUAUUAUAUGAAAGGGUUUAGAUGAUUUGACAAAAUUAGAGGAAUUAAAUUUGAAUGAGAAUUCAAUUACUAAAUUAGGUGGAUUAAAGGGGAUAGUUAAUAUAAAAUCAAUUUACAUUUCUCAUAAUGCAAUCUAAAAACUUGAAGGAUUAGAAAAUCUAGUAAAAUUAGAAACUUUAUGGCUUUGUGAUAAUAAAAUUGAUGCAAUUCAAAAUUUAGAAAAUUUAGUUAAUUUGAAAUAAUUAUGGUUAGCAGCUAAUUAAAUAAGUUAUUUAAGAACAUCUCUUGAUAGAUUAAAGAAUUUACAUGAUUUGAAUAUAAGCGGAAAUAAAAUAUGUAGUUUUAAAGAAGCUUUAAAUUUAAAUCGUUUACCGAACUUAAGGGUUUUAGCUUUUUAUGAUCCUCAUUUUGGUGAUAAUCCAAUUUGUAACCUUUGCAAUUAUUAAACAUAUGUCUUAUAUCAUUUAAGAAACAUUUUCAAAUUAGAUACUCUAAUAAUAUCAGAUGAAUAGAAAUCUUUUGCUGAAGGUACUUUUAUGAAAAAGAAAAUGUACUAUAAUAUGAGAAUAAAAACUAUGUAAAGAACAUUUUCAACUUUGUGUAAAUUAUUGAAAAAAGGAAAGAAAAUUAAAACAGAUUCAUUAUGUGAAGACAUUUCUAAUUUAAAUAUAAAAUUAGCUUAAGAAGCAGAUAAGGAUAGAUAAUAAUUGUUAGAGAAUAAAUAGGAAGAAUAUGAGAAUUAGAAUGAUAUUUAUAAUAGCAUAAAAAAGAAGGUUUAUGAAUACUGUAAUUAAAGUAUACAUAAAUUGAUAACUGAAUUGGAAACAGGAGGUAAUAUAAGAUUAGAGGAAGGAAAAACAAAUGAAAAAUGGUAUGUGUCUUGUGUUGAUCUUAUCAAUUCUAGAUUUCAUUCUGAAAAUAUGGCUAAGUAUGGGAUUAAAGAUAUAUAAAUAAAGAGAGUAGUAAGAAUUCACAAUAAAUUUAUUCGAAAUAAGUUUGAAGAGAAAAUGGAAUCAUUGGUAGAUGUUUCAAAUUAGAGUCACAAAAAGUCAUUAGAAUAUUUAUUUUAUGGUGUAGAUCCUAAUUUUUAAUCAGAAAUUUAUAAUGUAAUUGAAGAAGGAUUCAGAUGUUGUUAAGUAAAUUAAUAUUUGUAAUAUUUUUUAAUAGGAAUCGAAAUCUAUAGGAUUAAGUGCUUAUACACCAUUAGUAAAUAGUAUUUUGGGAGCAGAUGCAUCAAGAAUUUAAUAUAUUUUAAAUGGAUAAGACCAUAAUUAAAAGUUAAAUAAAAGAUUUAUAAAGAGAAGGUAAUAUAUUGAAAUAUAUAUAAACUAGAUUGUACUAUUAAAAAUAUAAUGUGAUACCUCCUGGAGUGCUACUUAUUUGUAAAGUACUAAUGAUUAAGUCUGUUCCAGAUUCAAAAUAUCCAUAUUUUAAUCCUGAGUAACCUUGGAGUGAGAUGUUUUAAAAAUAGUCAAUUGAUGGAAGAUAAUAUUAAGAUGAAUACACUGUUUAUAGAGUAAUGGAAAAUGAUCCUAAACAUAAAUUAUGGUUUGUUUUAGAUAACAAUUUAGUAUUACCUGAAUAUUUUGCAGAAUUUGAAUAUGUUAUGCAAUCUCCAUUACAAAAUAAAAUUGCUGAUUUCGGUUCUGCUUUAGGAGUUUUGGAAUAAGAAGAAGAUGAUUUCAUUACUCCUGCUAAUACUAAUUAAUAAAAGGAAAGUAUAAAUGAUAUGUACAAUUAAUUGGCUGAUGAUUUAAAUACUUAUUAAUUUGAAAAUUUAGAAGAAUAUCCAACUUAUGAACUUAAAGCAUAAGAUUUGGAUAGAUCAGAAUGUGCAUCUUUAAAGCCAGCUUUAAUAAAUUAUUUUAAAUAUUGUUUGAGUAGAUCAACUUUGUAUGAAUUGAAUCCAAAUCUUGUUGGCACACCAGAUUUAAAUGAUAUUCUUAAAAAUUAAACUUAAUUUUUAAAUUUAAGUAAUUGUUGUGUACAAGAUAUUACAUUUGUAAAAGGAUAAUUUCAUACAUUGAUAUUAAGUUAUAAUAAAAUAAGUACAAUUACUGGUUUGAAUGAACUACCAAAUUUAGUUAGAUUAGAUUUAUCACAUAAUGAAAUAUGUAAUUUAAAUGGAUUAUAACAUUUGAAUAAUUUAGAAGUCUUAGAUUUAACUCACAAUAAUAUUUAAGACAUUGAUUAAAUUGCUUUACUUAAAUAUAAUGCAUAAUUAAAGUAUUUAUGUGUUGUCUUUAACCCAAUUAAUGAGUAUAAAGAAACAAGAAAAGAAAUAGUAAUGGUUUUAAAUAAUUUAAAAUUUUUAGAUCAUUUACCAGUUACGGAUGAGGACAAAGAAAAAACAACAAAUUAAAAGUAAUUAAUAACUACAGCAAUGCUUUAAACAUUUAGUAAAGUUUAGAUGGAUUGGAGAUAGAACAUUUAAUCAGUAAUGAUCACCCAUCAAAAGUUGAGUAGUAUGAAAGGAUUGGAAGGAUUAGUUUAAUUAAGACAUUUAAAUCUUGGACAUAAUAAAAUAGCUUAGAUUACUUCUAUUUAAGAUUCAGUUUUAUUGGAAGAAUUAAAUUUAGAAAAGAAUUCUAUAAUAUAAAUUUAAGAAUUAGAUAAUAUGUAGUAUUUAAAGAAAUUAGAAUUAGGAGGAAAUCGAAUAUCAAUAAUAGAGGGAAUCUCAAAUCUUAUAAACUUGAUGCAAUUGUCAUUAGAAGAUAAUGCAAUACUUCAUUUAAGAGAUUUUCCAGAUCUCAAAAGUCUAAUGGAAAUUUAUUUAGGAAAUAAUAAUAUUACAAACUAAAAGGAAAUCAAUAAUAUUAAACAUUUACAAAAGUUAAUCAUUUUAGAUCUUUCUGGAAAUCCAUUUGCUAGAGAUACAAAUUAUAGAGCAUAUGUUCUUUAUGUUAUACCUAAACUUAAAGUUUUAGAUGGUAUUUCUAUUGAAGCAUCAGAAUAAUAAAUGGCUAAGAAUCUUUAUACAGGUAGAUUAACAGAAGAAAUUUUGUAUUCUAGAUUGUAAGGAUAAUCAGCUAAUAAAAUAACUGAAUUAUGUUUACAAAAUUGUGAACUUAGAGAUUUUGAUGAUGUUUUCAAUGUUUAAUAAUUUCCAUAACUUGUUGAAUUAGAUUUAAGUCAUAAUUUAUUUACUUCUACUAAAAUGCUUGGCUUCUUACCUUAAUUAAAAAUAUUAAUUUUGGCAUCCAAUAAAAUUGAUACUUUACUUUGUCCUAAUGAUAUUAAUUAAAAAAAAGGAUUGAAUGGAUGUUAAUAAUUAUAAAUUUUGGAUAUCUCAUAAAAUUGUUUAAAGGAAUUUAAUGGAUUGUAAUUUUGUUUAUUAAAGGAAUUAAAAAUUAUGAAAUGUGAAAAAAAUGAAAUUGUUAGGGUGGAUUUCCUAGAUAACUUAAAAUAGUUAAAAGAAUUAGAUUUAAAUUAAAACAAAGUUAGACAAUUCGACCCUUAAUCAUUUGGAGGAUCAAAUCCUAUAAGAUGUUUGAAGAUAGAUGGCAAUGGUCUUAAGAAUUUUUAGAAUAUUUAAAAAUUAUAUAAAUUAUUGGUAAUCUGUAAAUUCAUUAAACCUAGCAUUUAUUUGCUAAUUCUAAUAGAAUUAAUGAUCUACCAGAUAUUGAGCAUUUAGUUCCAUUAACAUAACUUAAAGAAUUAGAAUUAGUUGGAAAUUCUUUAAGUCGAAGACCUGGAUAUCGUUAAAUGGUGUUGAGGAAAUUGCCAACUAUACUCUAUUUAGAUGGCAGAGUAUUAUACAUUUAUUCUAUUUAUAGGAAGUAACUCAAGAAGAAAGAGAGAGAUUAGAGUUAGUUGAUAGGUAAGCUGUUCUACCAACGAUGUAAAUUUAAUAAUAGCCUAAUACAAAAGUUCCUGUUAAAUUAAGUUCAAUCAAUUUUGAUGGAAUCUUUAGCAAAUGAAAAUAUCAAUUAUUUCUAUUUUAUAUUCACC